AUGAUCGAUAAUGCUACAAACUGUAGUUACCUCACUCAAGCGAACACUUUCGCGCCAUUUCUAACAAGUAGUCGGACACUUUUGGUGUUCCUGGCAGUUUGCAUGAGCGUCUUUGCUGCUGUGACGCUUUUCCUGAACGCUGUAGUCAUCGUAGCCGUCUGCAAAUCCACGGGUCGAGGUCGCAGUUCGUCUGCUCGCAGCAAGCGGGCUGGCAACAACACGAAAGUGGUCAAACUCCUGAUGACGUCAAUGGCCGUGGCCGACUCUAUCGUCGCUCUGGUCAUCAUGCCGAUAAGGAUCUCAGAGCUGGUCCACAACGGGAUGUGGGUCAUGCCAUUCGACAAGUGCAAAUAUCGAGGGACAUUCAGCGUCUACAUGUGCACCGUGUCAAUCUACCACGUGGCCUGCAUGGCCAUCGACAGAUACCUGGCCAUUUGCAGGCCACUCUCCUAUCACGUGAUGACGGUCAACGCGGGAUACGUCAUGGCUGGACUUAGCUGGGCAGUCCCUGUCUUCAUAUACCCUCUACCCGUACUCUCGGAGAUGAAAUAUACUAGCUGA